AUGAUGUCGCUAACCAACGUGCAGUCCGAGAAGCCGACUCCCCCGGUGGUGAUUAGAGCCCAGCUGGUGAAGAAGCAGUUGGAGGAGACCAAGAGCCUCACCAUCAAGUUGGAGAACAAGGAAGCUGACAUCAGGGAACUCAGGAAAGCCCUUAAGGCAAAACAAGAAGAAUUAUCAGAGAUGACAAUACGUCGUGAGCUAGGCGAGAGGAAACUGUCCACCGCCGCCAGAGACGCAGAGCUCAGAGCCGAACAACUACAGCGCAGGCUGGAGGACGCUCACAACCAGCUUAAGAGAAAAGAGAAAGAAUUUGAAGAGACAAUGGAUCAUCUACAACAGGACAUCGAUUCACUGGAGACCGAGCGUGGCGCGCUCAGGGAGAAACUUAAGCUGUAUGCUAAACGGGGCGGCACUCAUCAUGAGGAGACGCCGGUGAAGGUGACCGCUGGCAUCGCGGCAGGAGAGGUCAAUGAAGCUCUGCAGCAUCAGAUCAAGGUUCUGAGCUGGACAGUAGAACGCGAGCGCGCCGCCCGAGUCUCAGCGUGUCGUAAAGCAGAGCGCGCCGCGUUACGAGCUCUACGACCACUGGAGCACCCCGCGUCCCCCGCCGCCGCCGCUAGGAGACAGGCCGCGGCACAACUUGAGCGGGAUCUGGCUAAGUUACAGACGGAAUGGACGAUGUUCGUGGCUCGGUCAGGGCUGGUGAAGUUCCCGUCGGAGCCCGGCCAGUAUGCACACGCGCUGCAGCUGCACAAGGACAAGCAGAGGGAGAUUAGGAGGCAACUCGAGACCCGCCUGGCGUCCCUGCAGGCGGAGGUCCGCCAGCAGUUGUUGCUGCACCGCCCGUGGCGCUGCGUGGAGGCGGACUUCGCUGAGUUCCCGGCGCCCGAACUAGCCGCGGUGCUAUCAUCCAAGUCUGUAGACGUGGGCACGAUAAAGUACCCAGCGCCCUCUACUGGACAGACGGAGGACACUAUAUUCGUCACUCCUGCGCAACUCGCCAAAUUACGCGAAUUGGUGACAGAACUUCAAUCAGACGAUGUGAAACUGGAACUACUGCCGCUGGACAACACCGUCUGUGCCGCUUAA